AUGCAUCCAGUCAUCGUCUCUGAAAUAACCAGGCUAAUGGAUUCCACACCGAUUACGCCGAAGCCUAUUGCUGUGGUUGGAAUUUCGGCUUGCUUGCCAGGAGGGCCUCAAAAUGCCCAAAAUCUUGAUUACCAGAAUUUCUUUGACUUCCUAAUGGAGCGUGGCCAAGCAUAUGAAAAAAUUCCCUCCGAAAGGUUCAAUGUUGACGCCGUCCAUGGGCCUGGUGUUGGCGAAGUUAUCACCGAAAAGGGGGCAUUUCUGAAAGACCUUGAUAAUUUUGACUAUAUAGAGUUUGGAAUAAGCAAGAAAGACGCAAGGCUGAUGAACAUUAGCGCCAGAAAAUUGAUUGAACUCACAUUUCUUGCACUCUUGGAUUCAGGUAUUGAUUACCGUGGUAAAAACGUGGGUUCAUAUAUGGCUGGAGUCGCCCACGACUUAUGGAUGUUAUCUGGCGAGGAGGAAGCGGAAGCACGAGGCUCGCUAUCGUAUUCCCCAUCUAUGAUUGCCAACCGCGUGUCGUACCACUUAGACCUACGCGGGCCGUCUAUUCCUAUUGACACUGCGUGUAGUUCUAGCCUCUCGGCAUUACAUCUCGCAGUCCAGGGGUUGAGAAAUGGUGAAUGUGAAGCUGCCGUAGUCGGAGGUUGCCAAGUAAACUAUAGAUUCAUUGAUUGGCUUGCUUACAGCCAAGGUGGCAUACUCUCCCCCGACGGCAUAUGCAAACCAUUUGAUGCUUCAGCGGAUGGAUUUUCUCGCGGUGAAGGAGCCGUUGUUGUUGUUCUGAAACCACUUGAUGUUGCUUUACGACAGCACGACAACGUGUAUGCAACAAUAUUGGGAACAGGUAUCAAUUCUUCUGGAUCUAUGGCUCCUGCCAACUCUCCUGUUGCAGUGGCACAGAGAGAUGCAAUGCAAAGAGCAUUUAAUCAAGCGAAGAGGAAACCGCAGGAAGUUGAUUUUGUAGAAUUACAUGCGACAGGUACUGCAUCAGGGGAUCCCACAGAAGCCAAUUGGGUAGGCGAAUCAUUCAAACGAGGUCACAAAACCCUCAUCGGGAGUGUAAAAGGAAAUAUUGGGCAUCUAGAAAUUGCGGCAUUCUUAGCAUCGUUGUGUAAAGUCUGCGCCAUGUUCAAGUCUGGAAUGAUACCACCGAACGUAAAUUUGCGGACCCCAAAUCCAGCUAUAAGGUGGAAAGAGUAUCUUCUGGAAGUACCCACCAUCCCAGUCCCUUUGCCUUGCCAUUCCCCCUCCGGUCGCUCUCUUAUAGCAAUGUCAAGUUCUGGCAUAGGCGGUGCCAACGGUCACUGUGUCGUCGAGUCGCCUCCAAAUCGCAGAAUAUUAAAGUCGUUUUGGCUCGCCAACCCUUUCGGCAUACCUUAUUUAUUCAUUUUUGGAGCUUUAUCCCCUCGUUCCGUGGCGUCUGUUGCAGAAAAUACCAAAGAUUCUAUCAGCCACGUUGACCCCCGGUUCAUUUCGCUAACAUAUGGCCGCAGAUCGAGAUCAAUGCCCUGGAGGUCGUAUGCCUUGUACUCGAAGGGUCGAAUGCAGCGAUUCUCUGAGCCUUUCAUGGCCCAUUCCCGUAACAGAGCACUGGUUUUUGUAUUUUCAGGCCAGGGACCCCAGCAUUUUAAUAUGGGACGUGAUAUGUUUAGGACCUGCUGCGUUUUUCGUUCUAGCGUGAUUGAAAUGGAUGGUAUAUACAGAAGUGUAUGUGGUGAAUCCCUCAUUGAGAAGACAGGACUAUUUAGCGAAGUCGAAUCACCGGAAAGACUGGAUGAACCAUGGCCCAUCGCUAUAACCCUCCCAGCUCUUACCAUCAUCCAAAUAGCUCUUUUUGACACUUUGGUUAGCUUAGGUACUAGACCGGACAUUGUUCUAGGUCACUCUGCUGGGGAAACAGCGGUGCUCUACGCCUCUGGCGCGGCUUGUAAAACAAUGGCCGUUGAGCUUGCAAUAGCGCGUGGGCGGUCCAUGUCUAUCUUGGAGAAUAAGGGUGGUACAAUGGCAGCAAUUUCCUGUUCCGCUAAACAGGUACAACAGUUGAUCGAUGAUGCUGGUGUAAACCUUGACAUAGCAUGUUUCAAUGCUCCAACAGCUGUCACCAUAUCCGGAUCCUCCAAUUCUAUCGAGGUAGUAGUUGCGAAGGCCCAAGCUGCUGGCAUUUUUGCACGACGACUUCGCACGAAUGUUCCCGUUCAUAGCUCGAUGAUGGACAUUUGUCGUAGUGAUUACGAGCGAAGAGUUCAGGAUAUUUUUGACCGGUAUUCCGUUCAACCACCUUCCAUUCCAGUUUAUUCGACCGGAACUGGACAAUCAUUCCGAACUCCUUUUACUGCGGAGUAUUUCUGGAACAGCUCUCGAGGCCCCGUCCUCUUUGCGGAAGCAAUACAGUCAUUACUCAUUCACCAGGGCGUAGCAUCAUUCGUGGAGAUCAGCCCUCAUCCAGUUUUGGCCAGCUAUUUGGAUGAUCUUAAUAGUGGCCAAGCUACUAUCGUCUGCCCCCUUCGUCGCCCAAAAGCAGGGUCGGAUGAAACAGAAAUUUCUACUUUUCUCGAUGCACUCGGGAGGCUGGUGGUCGCUGGACAUAAUUGUGUUGAUUUCGAUGUGCUAACUGGCUCUGUGGAUGGGGAAAUCGGCCACCUGCCUGCAUAUCCAUUUGCUUCGAGAAAGGUACUACUAUCUAUCCCCUCUGUCGCGGUGAUGAAAGCUCGCCAACCAAGGAAUGGACCACUCAAUUACCCUCAACUUCGGAUCAACUCGAUAACUCAUCCUCAGUUGGCACAGCAUAUCAUCAAAGGUGAGCCUAUCAUGCCUGCUGCGGGUUAUUUGGAAAUGGCAUUAGAGUUUGGAGCCAAACAUUUGUGGAACGUCGAUUUUACAUUUAUGUUAUCUUUAUCUGGAGACACUCCUACACCUGUUUGUGUGAACCUCGACGGCCCACACUGGACUGUUACCUCAUCUUCAAACAUCAAUUCGCAAACAUGUCCUCCUCGCUUUGAUCGCUUACACGCGGAAGGAUAUAUGUCUCGUCAGACACCGAAAGGACCCGUAUGUGCUAUAGACUUGGAUUCUAUACGUAGUCGUUGCAAUGAGAUCGAUACAUCAGGAUUCUACGAUGCGUUCAAGAGUUUUGCGCAAUAUGGCCCUGCAUACCAAAGGAUAACGAAGUUUUAUCGCGGAAUUUCCUACGAUGAGGUAUUAGUUCAGGUCCAGGGCUUGGACGGGAGUCUACCAGGCACUGAGAAUUAUUGUUUUCAUCCGGUCGUUUUGGAUGCAGCUAUCCACGUCCUUGUCCAUCCACUCUUCACGGGAUACAUAUCUUUGACGCUGUGUAAAGGCACGCCUACAACAUCCGAUAUCCAUCAUGGCAUACUUCGAUACGCUCGUGGACAAGAAAUGGAAUUGCAGACCAAAAUAGCCGGAUAUAGGCCAUUUGAACCGACGUCAUUUUGGAUAGUAGCAGCUGACGGACCUGACGGAGACGGGGCAGUUGGUUUUACCAGGGCCCUGAGGCGCGAAUAUCUUGCAUGGUCUAUCCAUACAGUAGUGUUCGAUUCCAGCUGGUCACUUGCGGAAAUGCAGCAAGCAGUCCUUACACUCUCUGCCAUGUCUAAUGUAGAAAAGGAGUUAAAAGUUGAUGCAUCAGGCUUGGUACAUGUUUCCAGGAUAGCUCUUUCCUCACCUCCGACUCGCUUGCUUCCAUUCCAUCCGCGCGAUUCUUGGUCUCUAGAAGAUUCUAAAAUAGUGCGCGUAUCUCCUCCAUUCGCAGAUGAUGACCAUGUCCGGAUUUUAGUCCAUGCUGUUGGUCUCCAAGAUGGCGAGCUUUGGAGUUUCUUUGGUCGUUCGAUGGACACCGAUACUUUGGUGGCAGGUAUUCACGCCGGUCCAUUAACAAAUGCCAUAGUUUCUCACCCUUUGAGCCUCCUUCAUAUUCCCAAUGUUCUGCCCGGUGAUUGUUCAGGACCAUCUACUUUAACUCUGGCUAUCGCCGUGAUCGCCUUGGGGCCUGGGUGUUUCGAAAACCCGCAUCUUAUUUCAGGGGAGAUUCUCAUUACACACGGGGAUCAUCCUGUCGGCGAGCAGCUCGUGAAACUGUGCACAAAGCGCGGGUUCCGAGUAUCUUCCCUUCCUCAAAGGGCCACCAGUUAUGAUAUAGGCUCACUUUCUCAUCGUCGGUUUUGCCUUAUUUUGUCUGGCUAUCAAGAUUCCAUUAACACCAAUAUGCUAUCCCGUGCAUUAUCAAGCUAUGGUAAAAUCUUUCGCUGGAAUGAUCCGGAGACAGGUCUUUCUUCGAUUCUUAACAGAGAACCAUGGGUGAUUGGGCACUCUAUACGCUUGGCUUUACGUAUCCUUGGCACUGAAGAUUGUAAGGGACCGUUUACGUCGCUGGAAGACAUGAUAACUGUGAAAACCGGUGAUCUGAUACCCUCUCGAGUUGGCCUGUUUAAUCGCCACAAAGUUUAUAUUUUGAUCGGUGGAAUGGGUAGUUUGGGGCUUCAAAUUGCGCAAUGGAUGUAUCAGAAUGGCGCUCGCCAUAUCAUUUUGACUUCACGCUCUGGGCGUAAUGGUUUACUCCGGAGAGGAGAUACUAUGGCACGAAGGUUGCUACAGUACUUGGAUGGCUUGAAAGAUCUCGUUAUCCAAACAGAGACUGUUGAUGCUGCUUCGCUCGAGGCCAUGACUAUUCUGGUUGACUCAAUUUCGAAACCACUGGGAGGGUGCAUGCUUCUCUCAGUUGUGUUAAGUGAUGGGAUGUUCUCAUCCAUGACUUCGGAGAAAUUUGAGGAACCAUUCCCAGCUAAAAUCACAGCAUUUGAAAUUAUCAGCAAUAUAAUUGAUGUCGCAUCUCUGGAAUUUUUCAUUUCUUUCUCUUCGAUCUCAGGGUUUUUUGGAAAUGCCGGGCAAACAAAUUAUGCCAGUGCAAACGUUAUUUUGGAUGGCUUAGCAAAGCCCUACAAGAACGCAUUUUCUAUUGUCACUCCUGCGGUCACCGAUAGCUUCACUGCCACUGGGGCAGGUGAAAGCUUUCACGCGGCCCGCAUCAAGCAUUUGACUAGCUGGGGAAUGUCCUCUCAAGAGCUGUUACAGUGUAUUGAAGAUGGCAUCUUGAAACUGAUUGACGGGCCUUUCUGGUUAUAUAUACCCGAUUUCAAUUGGCUUGAUGUUCGCACAAAUAUGGGUUCAUCACCCACCUACGAACAUCUUGUCGUGGACGACAGGCCCACAGUAGCAAGCGCUUCAAACCCCGAGAAAUCUGGAUCGUUAAACCAUAUAAUAUGCGACCUGUUAGGUGUUCUUCCGGAAGAUCUCUCGCCAAAUGUCCCGUUGACAACCUAUGGCCUAGAUUCGCUCUCGGCGGCAUCGUUAUCCUUUUCCCUUCGUUCGCAUAUUUCCAUCUCUCAGACUCAGCUUCUUGCAGAUAUGACCUUGCGGAAACUGGAAGCACGCAUCGAAGAAAAUACAUUAGUUCCAUCAUCGCCUUUGGAGCAUAGGCGGCAGUCAAUUGAGGCCAAAUGUUUAGAAAUGGAGGACCUGCUUAAAAAGUACACUUCUCAUUUCCCAGCUCAUAUAGGCAAGUCUAUACCAGGGGCCAAUCAAGGCCGUGUGAUCCUCGUUACCGGAACUUCUGGUACCUUAGGAGCUGCUGUGCUUGACCGUCUUCUUCGGUAUCCAAACGUCAGCCAAAUUUAUGCCCUUAAUCGUCGUGAUGUCUCUGCAAGGCCACAGCUGCAGCGGCAUAUAGCCGCUUUUGAAGCUAGAGAUUUUGAUGCAUCAUUCUUACGCGCGCAGAAUUUGACCUUUCUGGAGGGAACAGUAGAUCAAAUGUAUUUUGGGCUACCUGCCGACUUGUAUCAUCAGCUCACCAACUCUGUGACACAUAUUAUUCAUGCGGCCUGGCCCAUCGACUUUAAUAUGCCUUUGUCUUCAUUUGAGCAAGCUAUUCUUGGUGUGCGACAACUAGCGAAUUUUGCACUGGAGUCCCCUCUGGUGAAUCCACCACGCCUUCUCUUCACAAGUUCUAUAGGUGUCCUCAGUGGCCUGAAGUCGUCAGAUGCUACCGAGGAGACGCCGAUAGAGGAUCCAAGAAUCUCGGUUGGUGCGGGAUAUAUAGAGAGUAAAUGGGUUGCCGAACGUGUCCUUUCCGCAGUAGCCGCAUCUACUGCCUUGCGGCCAGUCAUCGUUCGUAUUGGACAACUCACUGGGGGACGAAAUGGAUUUUGGAAAGUAACGGAGUGGGUACCUUCAAUGAUUCGCUCUAGUAUCACUUUAGGGGCGCUGCCAGACCGAUCUGACAUUCUCAACUGGAUUCCUGUUGAUAUCGCCGCACCAGCCAUCAUUGAUAUGAUGGAUUCAUCGACUCACAUACUCCAUCUAGUUCAUCCUCACCCUAUAUGUUGGUCGGAGUUGAUGCAACAUAUUGCGCUGGCUAUGAAUCUGCCACUGAUUCCUUACUCGAGAUGGCUGUCGUCUCUUGAAAAGCGGUCACUGUUUCAAGACACGUCAGGGAAAAUCAUUCCGGCUCUUAGAUUACUUGCUUUCUUUCAGUACUCUGUUUAUCGAGGAGAUGGAUCCUCGACGGACAACUUUCUAGAGCCAAGAGCAUCCUGCCAGCAAGCAAUACAGGUGUCGCCGACUUUAAGGGAUACGAGCAUAACUCCACUAGGGCUACGGGAUGUGGAGAAGUGGUUGUCAUACUGGAACAGGGUGGGUUUCCUUCCCCUAGAUGCAUCUGCGAUUUAA